AUGUACUAUAUGAAGAGAUGUGGCAACGAUAGAGCUUUGCUGCAGCGUAUAGAUUACGAAAAAGAUGCAUUGACAAUGAUAGAAGUUUGUACAGAAGAGAAGACAAUUAGGAUAGCAAUUUCAACAACUCAGGUAGAUCAGGAAGGAGAAUAUUCAAUCACACCGAUUAAGCAACGUAGUACACAUGAGGAAGUUAGUGGAAAAGGAAUUCAGGAUGAAAACAUUGAUGCGUACAAGGUGUGGCUCAAUAAGCUGCCACAGGAUGAAAACAACCCAAAAUUUAAGGAUGACACCCGGCUGAAUACUGUUGCAACAUAUAAAGAAUGGUUGAGGAGGGAAGGGCUUCUUCAAGAUAUAUACGCAUAUUUAGAUGAUGAAACCAUUGAAGAAGACGGAAGUGGUGACAAUAGCGCAACACCAAUGUAG